UCGCGCUCUCGUGAGCGUGGCUAAACUGAAUAUAGCUCUCUUACCAGGAAAACUUUCCUCCGAUCAGUAUGCAUGCGUGCGGCGUGGACCACACGCAUGGUGGCGUCCUUAAGCAGUCACUUGCAUCUCGUUGACUUAACUUUUGAGACGCUGGGCUGGGCGUCACAACUCCUCCACUUUUUGCACGAAGCUGACCGCCAUGUGGGCGCCGAUGAUGCUGUCGUCUCUAGCCGCCGCCCAGGGCCGCGCCUUCGUCGGCGUCCUCAGGGCCGUCCACGGCACGGCGGCGCAACUCGCCGCCCCCGACAAGCAGCUGGCCGCCGACCGGAGGGAGCUGCUCGCCUUCUUCCCCACCCUCGUCGAGGACGUCAAGGCCGACUCGUUGGCCGUCGGCAUCCCGUCCGAGACGGAGUGGAUCGGCAAAGUGCUGCACUACGUGGUGCCGCGGGGCCGCCUGUUCCGCGGCUGCAGCGCGCUCAACGCCUGCCGCGAGCUGCUCCCGCCGGACCGCGCCGCGCUGGGCAGGCCGCUGGGCCUCGCCUUCGAGAUGCUGCAGGGCUACGUCGUCAUCAUCGACGACCUGGUCGACGCCGCCGAGCUGCGGAGGGGGCUGCCCGCCUGGCACACGCUGCCGGGCGUUGGCGUGCACGCCGUCAACGACGCUUUCCUAGUUCACACGGCGAUGAACAAGGUGCUGCACCGCUACUUCCACACAGAGCCGAGCUACGUCCGCCUGUUCGAACUCUUCAACGAGGCGAUCUUCUAUGGUAUCAUAGCCCAGAACUACGAGUGCCACAACGGCUGCACCGGCGAGGGGAGGUUCGACGCCUUCGACCACGCGAUGCACGCGGCGCAGGCUCGCUUCAAGAUCGCGCACUACAGCUUCUACAGCCCGCUGGCCGCGGCCAUGCACCUGGCCGGCCUCUCGGACAGCGGGCGCCACGGGGCGCUCUGGGGGGUGGCCCAGGACAUCGGGAUGCUCUUCACCGUGCAGGACGACUACAGCGACUGCUACGAGCCCGAGUCGCUGUCGGGGAAGACCCGGUGCGACAUCCGCAACGGCAAAUGCACCUGGCUGGUGGUGGAGGCCAAACGGCGCGCCAACGACAAGCAACGCGCCCUGCUGAAGGAGAACUACGGUGUCGACGACGCCGAGAAGGUGGCGGCCGUGAUGGAGCUGUACGCAGAGCUGGGCAUGGAGCAGGCCAUCCAGGACUGGAUGCGCAGUGAGUACUCCAGGAUCAGCGAGGUCAUCCGGAGGCAGCGCGACCUGCCGCCCGACGCGCUGCACUACAUCCUGGACGCCAUCCGGCAGCCGCUGCUGCGGGUGGAGGAACCGUUACCGUAACACUAAGGGAGUACGCUGCAGACUGUGGUAGUAAAUUGUUAAUUU